AUGGAAUGCCUAACAGGGAAAGAAUGUACCCAGGAUGAAAGCACAGCUGCAGCUAUCUUCGCUGUUCAGAUGGAUGACUAUUUAGGAGGAAAGCCUGUGCAGAGCAGAGAAAUUCAAGGAUACGAGUCUACUGAGUUUGUGGGCUACUUCAAAGGAGGAAUUAAAUACAAGGCAGGUGGGGUUGCCUCUGGGUUUAAUCACGUUGUUACUAAUGAUCUGAGUGCUCAGAGGCUUCUGCACAUCAAGGGCCGGAGGGUUGUGAGAGCCACAGAAGUCCCCCUAGCUUGGACCAGCUUCAACAGAGGAGACUGUUUCAUUAUUGACCUCGGAACCGAAAUCUAUCAGUGGUGUGGCUCAUCAUGCAAUAAAUACGAACGGCUGAAGGCUACUCAAGUUGCUGUUGGCAUUCGGGACAACGAACGAAAUGGAAGGUCUAAAUUAAUUACCGUGGAAGAAGGGAGUGAACCAGACCAGCUCAUAGAGGUUUUAGGGAGCAAGCCAGCGCUUCCCGAGUGUGAUGAUGAGGAUGAUGAGAUGGCCGAUAUUGCAAACAGGAGAAAUGCUAAACUAUAUAUGGUGUCAGAUGCAAGUGGAUCCAUGAAGGUGUCCAUGGUAGCAGAGGAAAACCCCUUCUCCAUGGCUAUGCUUUUGUCUGAGGAGUGCUUCAUUCUGGACAAUGGUGCUGCAAGGAAGAUCUUUGUGUGGAAAGGCAAAAAUGCUAACCCACAAGAGAGAAAAGCUGCCAUGAAGAACGCUGAACAAUUCAUACAGGAGAUGAAUUAUCCUGCCAAAACACAGAUUCAAGUCCUUCCUGAAGGAGGUGAAACGCCAAUUUUCAAACAAUUUUUCAAAGACUGGAAGGAUAAAGAUCAAAGUGAUGGCCUUGGCAAAGUAUAUGUCACAGAGAGGGUGGCUAAAAUUGAGCAGAUUGAAUUUGAUGCUACCAAGUUACAUGAGUCUCCACAAAUGGCUGCCCGGCAUAACAUGGUAGAUGAUGGUUCGGGGAAAGUAGAGAUCUGGCGUGUGGAAAGCAGCGGUAGAGUUCCUGUGGGACCUGAGAUGUACGGACAGUUCUACGGCGGUGACUGCUACAUUAUCCUCUACACUUACCCUAAAGGGCAGAUCAUCUACACAUGGCAAGGAGCCCAUACUACAAAAGAUGAACUGACUGCGUCUGCAUUUCUGACAGUUCAGCUGGAUCGGUCAUUGAACGGUCAGGCUGUGCAGAUCCGAGUCAGCCAAGGCAAAGAGCCUGCACAUUUACUGAGCUUGUUCAAAAACAAACCUCUUAUUGUCUACAAGGAUGGGACAUCCAAGAAGGAAGGUCAGAAACCUGCUCCUCCCACGCGACUCUUCCAAAUCCGCAGGAACCUGGCAGCCAUUACCAGGAUUGCAGAGGUUGAUGUUGACGCAAUGUCACUAAACUCUAAUGACGUCUUUGUUCUGAAACUGCCGAACAACUCUGGCUACACCUGGGUAGGAAAAGGAGCAAACAAAGAAGAGGAACAAGGAGCUCAAUACAUUGCCAACGUUCUUAAAUGCCAGACUGCUAAGAUUAAUGAAGGCCAGGAACCAGAGGAAUUUUGGAAAGCACUUGGAGGUAAAAAAAAGUAUCAGACUUCAUCACAACUCUUGACAAAGGCUGAAGAUCAUCCCCCUCGCCUGUAUGGUUGUUCUAAUAAGACUGGCAGAUUUAUUAUUGAGGAGGUCCCAGGAGAAUUCACUCAGGAUGAUUUGGCUGAAGAUGAUGUCAUGUUGCUGGAUGCUUGGGAGCAGGUUUUUGUCUGGAUUGGGAAGGAUGCUAAUGAAACUGAGCGACGGGAAUCCCUUAAAUCUGCCAAAUGCUAUAUUGAAACAGAUCCUUCUGGCAGAGAUAAGGGGACCCCCAUUGUAAUCGUGAAGCAGGGGCACGAACCCCCGACGUUCACAGGCUGGUUCCUGGCUUGGGACUCCAACAAAUGGAAGAACUGAUCUAUCCAAGGAGGCUUCAGCUUCAAGCCAAAGAAUGAUCAGAGCCCAGCUACUUUCUAGUAUUUCUAAGCACAGGCUUAUGCAACAGUAUGGGGCAUCUCUGUUACGCUUUCCUGAGCUUUGAAACAUUUCUGUGGAUAGCCUAGAAGUUCUUAGCACCGGAAAGCAUAAAUGAUAAUUGUAAACUGGUCAAAUGGGGUGAGUGGGGCUUUUCCUGUAGUAAAUAUGGAAAGUGCUACCAACACUUUAACAAUCUGUUGAUUCUUCAAACAGCAGCUGUGGAUCAGUUUAUUUUAAUGUGCUAAAAUGGGCCAAAUUCUGCCUUCACUUAAAAACCCAAACUAAUGCCACAAAAAUUCCUUUAGAUUAAGGUUGGCAUAAUAUUGCAUAGAAUUUGGCCUGAUACAGGACCAAUUCUCCACAUGUUGCAAGGCUAGGACUGGACAUGAUUUACUUACUAGGCCAAGAUAUUGCCACACUCAACUCACAUAAAAUUUCAGAUGAUGCCUGAUCCAGAGCAGCAGCUGUGUCUUGCAGGGGGCAAAUAAGGGAUGAGUAUUUUGAGAAAGCUGUGCUUAAUGUGUUUGUUUGUCUUGUUAGUACAUAUAUUUGGAACUUCGGAGUGAAUGGCUGUUAGAAUACAAACUCGACAAAGGUUUUUUUUGAGGGACUGUUUAGCUCAUUGUAAUUAAUUUUUUUAGAUUUAUCUCUGUGAGCCACCUCCAGUUCCACCAGAUCAUUUUAAGCAAAGCUCUUAAACACAUUCUGGUGCACUAGUGCUUUUAAGUGGAAGCAGAAGAAAUAACAGCUUCAAAAAUACGUACUUUGCCUUAACCGGAUUGCACUUAAGCCAUACUUUGUCUCAGUUGCCUUACUCAGCAGUACCCUGUUCUCCAGCAUGCAGACUGCUCACCUUGUCAGGUGCAGGAUUUAUUUCUGCUCAUUUUCUAAGCAGGUCUUAGUCAAAUAUCAAGUAUAUCAAGCACAAGGAAACCCCUUCGUUUCAGAAGCGUUCCACAUCCUAGGAAUUUGGAAUGUGAGUACGCACCAUAGAAUACAGCCUUCUCUUUUCUCUCAGACACAGUUAUUUGGGCUUUUUUUUAUUCUGGUGAAUUUAAGAGUAUGUUUUCAAAUUGUGUUUUAUUUGUAAUUUAGCCAGAAAAGUCUGCUUAAGAGCAGCAGGAAGAAUUCUGCUUCAAAUCUUUAGCAAUGCUUUGAGCAAUACUUGUUUUAAACAACAAUUUGUACAGCUAUAAAUCAUGUCAACACAGCUUUUUAAUGAAAGCAGUUCAAUGGUUUUAUUAUUCUUAUGUUAGAUUUGAAAGUGAAAUUUUAGACAUUUUUGUAUUUUUUUUACAUGAUUGUGAUUUUGAA